ACCCUUACCCUCACACUGUCUUUGCAAUUCCUCUCUCUAGCUAUAGAAUCUAAAUCUCUUCUGAGGAAUAGCAUACUUGCUCUCUCUCUAUAUCUCUCUUUCUUCUAUACACAUAUAUACAGUCAAAGAGAUUAAAUAGAGAAAAUGGAGGCAUUGAAGAUGAAGCUUUUCGCUGCCGUGGUAGUGAUGUUGAUGGCCGUCUCCGCCGUCCAGAGCGUGGCCGCCGCCGAUGCUCCUGCGCCCAGCCCCAUGUCUGACGCCACCGUCUUCGUCCCCACGGCCAUCGCCUCCCUAGCCGCCCUCGCCUUCGGACUCCUCCUCUGAAGUGUCAGCCCCCAUGAAUUGACAGCGAAGACUUCUCCUCUUCUCUGUCUCCAUACCCCCUCACUUUCUCUCUCUCUAGAUCAUCUGAGAGGGAGAAAGUGAGGACAUGGGUUGCGAUUUUAUUUAUAUUUAUAUUUAUUUUCGUUUUAUUUUUUAAUAUGCUUAAUUUAUUUUUGUUAUUACUAGUGUUGGUGUGGAGUUUGGGAUUUGUUUGGGUGUGAUUGAUGUGUUGGGUAUGUUUUAUGUGACCCUCUCUCUCUCUCUCUCUGUGUUUUAUGUAUAUGUAAAAUGAGGUGGUCUUAUAGAUUAGGCUAAUAAUAGAGGAGAGAGAGAGAGUGGGAGAGGGAGGGAUUUGAUGUGGUGUUGUGUAGAUGUUGUUUCGCUGCACCAGCAGUGGUUGAUUUCAUCUUCUUUACUUGCUCAUCCAUUCUUUGUAAUAAAUUGACUCUGGUUCUUUUUCCUUA